GAGUCUCGUCUGAAAGCAAAUCGCGCCCCCUUUUACUCAAACGGCACUUCCUGAUAUAUAAGUUAAGCUUGCUCCUCUGAUUGUGUCAUGCAACGGGGUAUCCGCUCUCAAAACAAGCCAAACAAAGAUCUUUCAGGCUGUCUUCCCCAUUUCUCCCGGAGUAGUUGAAGAAGCGACUUUUUCCAGACGGGUGUAACCUUGGCAAACAAAAUGGACUACAGGAGUGCCUUGGAGGUGUAUAAGGAGAUGGUGCUGCUGUACAUAGAGGAGGCUCGGCGCUUUGUGAAUUCACAAUGUGCUGGUCUGGAGCCAUGGCAGAUCAUUGCGGCCACUUUGCUGUCCACUCUCGGAGCGAUGUGGCUGAAGGGCUUCCUUUUCCAGCAAGAUAGCCUGACGUCAAGAGUAAAGAAGCAAUUCUUUAAAAUCAUCAGAAAAAUCCCAUUUGUCGGAGCAACGAUUCAGAGUCAGCUCAACAAAGCAUUGGAUGACAUGUCAGUGAGUCUGUGCACCUUGAAGGAAGGCAUGAGCUACACCAAACACCUGCCAGCACAAGGCCUCACCCAAAAACAGCUCCUUGACAAGAUCAGGGAAUAUGAGACACUGAGUGAGGUAGACUGGGCGAAAGGCAAAGUGUCAGGCGCAGUCUACUGGGGGGAUGAGAAGCUCACAGAUCUCCUAGUGAAGGUGUAUGGUGACUUUGCCUGGACAAACCCCCUCCACCCAGACCUGUUCCCUGGGGUUAGGAAGAUGGAGGCAGAAGUGGUGCGGAUGUCUUGCGCUCUAUUUAAAGGAGGGCCAGAUUCCUGUGGCACAGUUACCUCAGGUGCAGAAAGCAUCCUGAUGGCAUGCAAGGCAUACAGAGACAUGGCUCAUGAACGUGGCAUCAUUCACCCAGAGAUCAUUGCUCCCGUGAGCGUCCAUGCUGCAUUUGACAAAGCUGCACAUUACUUUGGGAUGAAGCUCAUUCACAUACCUCUGGACAAGAAGACCAUGAAAGUUGAUGUGAAGGCCAUGAAGAGGGCCAUCUCUAAAAAUACAGCAAUGCUGGUGUGUUCAGCUCCUCAGUUCCCACAUGGAAUAAUGGACCCUGCAGAAGUGGCAACGCUUGCUGUAAAAUACAACAUCCCAUUUCAUGUGGAUGCAUGCUUGGGUGGGUUCCUGAUAGUAUUUAUGGAAAAAGCAGGUUUCAAACUUGAUCCCUUUGAUUUCCGGGUCAAAGGUGUGACCAGUAUCUCAGCUGAUACACAUAAGUAUGGUUAUGCUCCCAAAGGCUCCUCAGUGGUGCUCUACAGUGAAAGGAAAUAUCGCCACUACCAGUAUUUUGUAGCCCCAGACUGGCAGGGAGGAAUUUACGCGUCUCCAUCCAUGGCUGGAUCUCGGCCUGGAGGCAUAAUUGCAGCCUGUUGGGCUACUAUGAUGCACAUGGGUGAGAACGGAUACGUUGACGCCACCAAGAAAAUUAUUGGGAUAGCCCGCAAAAUCAAAGCAGGAAUCCGCAAAAUAGAUGGGCUUUUUGUAUUCGGUGAUCCAGAGGUGUCUGUGGUGGCAUUAGGCUCUGAUGUUUUUGAUAUCUUUCGCUUAUCUAAUGCACUGACUCAAAAGGGCUGGAAUCUCAACUCUCUGCAGUUCCCAUCUAGCAUUCAUAUUUGUGUCACAAUGCUACACACACAGCCUGGAGUAGCAGAGCAGUUCCUCAGUGAUGUGAAAAGAGAAGUAGCCAUCAUCAUGAAGAAUCCUAAAGAGAAGACCACGGGAAUGGGAGCCAUCUAUGGCAUGGCCCAGUCCAUUCCUGACCGAUCAAUGGUGACUGAGGUCUCACAGGGAUUUUUGGACUGCCUCUAUAGCACUGAGGUGCCCAAGAUACAGAACAAGCCCCACAAAAACCAUAAGAACCACAUGAAUGGCAACUCCAAAGUGCACUGAGAAUGACUGCCAGGGUCUCCACCCUUAGCUGGCUGAAGGGAUGCUCACCACAAUCAUUUAAUCAUUCAUUCACUUCAUUCAGUCGUCUAUUUACAACUAACGAUUUUAUGUAUAAGCCAUAGUCACCUGAUAUUUUGGGAUUCGUGACUGAGGAGCAAUGGUAUCCUGUCUGUAAGACUAUGGAGAUUGCUGCACAAGUAUCUAUGUGAAUCUGUGAAGGGUCUGGGAUAUCUGUAGUGAGUGCAGAUUUACUUCUUUCAUUUCUUAUUUUUAUGACCAGUGCACACCAUAUGAAUUUGAUCACACUCCCACUGUUAUUUUUGGAAGUGUUUUCUGACACUUAAAUAUAAUGUUGUCAUCAUGUUUUAACAUCUGGUGAUUUUUAUUUAUUUAUUUUUUUUCACCCAGGUUAUUGACAAACAGUUUGGACAAUUUCUGAGAGAUAAAUAAUGCAGAUUAGGAUAAAAUCCUAUAAUCUGAUCAAAAUGGAAAAAAACACACUGUUAGUCUUUUUUUAAUAUUCCCAAUAGAAACUUGAAAACAUAACAGACCAUUUUAGAAUGGUAGGGCUGCUCAGGUAAACCUAUUUUACAAAUGUUUAGUUUUAUUUAUUUAUUUUUAAUUCCCCAUAUCUAGUAGACAUUUUAUAGUCCAGUCGCAAAACAUCCAUCUUAUUGAAAAGAUAUCUCACAAUUUUUAAAUUACCUGAUAUCAGGACAAAAUGUAACAAAUACAUUGACCAUGGUAUGCAGUCAAUAUUACUUGGUUGAAAUUCCCAUCAUAUGGGUUUUUAAUGACCACAUUUCACCCUAUCUACCUCAAAUCUAUUUCAAAUAAUUGUAAAAUUAAUAAUUGAUUGUUUCCUUUUUGUCUAAAUUCUGAGAAAUGUCACCUAAGUGGACAUUUUAAUCACAAGUGCUCCAGGUUAUGGCUUUCACAGUAUGGUUUGAAGGGUUUCAGCUGUCUUUCAAUUGAUUAAUGAAUUUUCCUUUGAGUUAUAUUUGUGUGUUGUUUUUGUUUGGUUUCUUUGUUCCAGCUUAACUCAAUUGAAUGACAGCUAAGCCCUGGAACAACAAGAAGGGAAAUUAAUUUGUGCAUGAAGUCAGUGAUAUGAGGAAGUGAUGACAUGGUACCAUGGAAACAUCACAUCAGAUCUUGUCAGCUAUAUAAUCCCAUAAGCAUUUAUAAUAUUUGUGACCACUGUGUGUUUUUUUUUUUUUUAAAUAUUUUAAAUCACUAAUAUAAUGUCUCAUAUUUCAAUGUUUUUUUUUUUCUUUUCAAUUCAGUAAUUUCCAUGUACUUUUUUAACCUCUUUUGGGGACUCGAGUAGGAGGCGGGAUAGUUUUUUUUCUAUGAUACCACUGUAGUACAGUGUAUUCUCAAGAACUGUAACAUGCCUUAGGCUAAGACAUAGAUGUGGAUUUUUGUCUUCAAAAAGCGACCCUUCUUGCCUAAAUUAAGAAUUUUAAUGUCAUUAUGCAAUAAUCUGUAAUUACUGUAACUACUGAAACUGAGGCACCUUGAUCUUAAUAUUUGAAGCAUUACAUGACCUCUAUGGUUAUGGUUGUAUGAAGCACAAAACUAAUAGCAUUCACCUAAAUGCCUUUCAUGGUCGUCAGGGUGUGGGCUAUUAGGCUAACAUAGUAGCUAAAUCUGCCUCAGGGACAAGGCCAUUACCACAUCAUGCAAUUUGUUUCAAAUUUGUCCUGUAAUGUUUUCUUGUUCCUAAUAUACAUCAAUAAACAUGGUCUUAAAAGAAAUAUGAA